AUGUACUCCCUCUCCAUCUCUGCUCUGCAAUCCAUUGAUUUCAUUUCUUCUCCUUCAUCUUCUUCAAUCCUCUCCAGUUUCCUUACACGCAUACCCAAAUCCCGCAUUGAUGCCUUUGCCGCCACGAAUUCUACGACCACCGUCGGGGCCGGAGCCCAUCUGGUCCACUCCGGCGCGACCAGGAAAGAUGUAUGGACCAGAAACCCAUCGAGAAGACAAACCAAAGAGCCUAUUUACUUGGACCGCACCAUAGACAUGAGCGAGCUCCUUUCUUCCAUCAGGCAAACCCGAAACGAGCAGGAACUGUACUGCUUGUUGUCCCCGUACAACGACAGGCAACUGUCGAUUCGUUUCAUGGUCUCGCUCCUCUCGCGGGAACCGGAUUGGCAGAGGUCGCUCGCGCUACUGGAUUGGAUCAACGAGGUGGCUCGGUACUCGCCGUCCGUGUUUGCGUACAACGUGGUGUUGAGGAACGUGUUGAGAGCGAAAAGAUGGGAGCUUGCACACGGGCUGUUCGACGAAAUGCGCCAGAGAGGUUUGGCGGCAGAUAGGCAUACUUACUCUACCCUCAUCACCGAGUUUGGGAAAUCGGGGAAGUUUGAUUCAUCCCUUUUCUGGCUUCAACAGAUGGAGCAAGACGGGGUGUCGGGUGAUCUUGUGUUGUAUAGUAACUUGAUUGAGCUUGCUAGGAAGUUGCGUGAUUACUCCAAGGCUAUCUCCAUCUUUAUGAGGUUGAAAAGGAAUGGGAUUACCCCUGAUUUGGUUGCGUAUAACUCGAUGAUCAAUGUGUUUGGGAAGGCAAAGCUUUUUAGGGAAGCGAGGAUGUUGUUGAAGGAAAUGAGGGAUGUGGAGGUCAUUCCUGAUACCGUUAGUUACUCUACUCUGUUGACUGUUUAUGUCGAAAAUGACAAGUUUCUUGAGGCCUUGUCAGUAUUUGCUGAGAUGAAUGAGGUGAAGUGCCCACUUGAUCUCACGACGUGUAAUAUCAUGAUCGAUGUUUAUGGACAGCUCGAUAUGGCUAAAGAAGCGGAUCGGUUGUUUUGGAGCAUGAGGAAGAUGGGAAUCCAACCUACUGUAGUAAGCUACAACACGCUUUUGAGGGUUUAUGGAGAAGCCGAGCUUUUCGGGGAGGCUAUCCAUCUAUUUAGAUUGAUGCAGAGAAAAGACAUUGAGCAAAACGUUGUCACUUAUAACACGAUGAUCAAUAUCUAUGGCAAAACGCUUGAGCAUGAGAAGGCUACAAAUCUCAUUCAGGAAAUGCAGAAGAAAGGUAUUGAGCCCAACCCCAUCACCUACUCGACAAUCAUUUCCAUCUGGGAAAAGGCAGGAAAAUUAGACAGGGCGGCAAUGUUAUUUCAGAAGCUAAGGAGUUCGGGGGCUGAGAUUGAUGUUGUACUCUAUCAAACAAUGAUCGUGGCUUAUGAGAGGGCAGGGUUGGUUGCUCACUCCAAACGUCUCCUCCAUGAACUGAAGAGACCCGAUAAUAUCCCUAGGGACACCGCCAUCAAAAUUCUCGCUAGAGCUGGUAGAAUAGAAGAGGCGACAUGGGUCUUCAGGCAGGCUUUUGAUGCAGGGGAGGUUAAGGACAUUUCUGUCUUCGGAUGCUUGAUUAAUCUCUUCUCCAGGAACAAGAAACACGUGAAUGUGAUCGAGGUGUUUGAGAAGAUGAGAGGAGCUGGAUACUUCCCCGACUCUGAUGUGAUUGCUCUAGUCCUGAAUGCAUAUGGGAAGCUCAGGGAAUUCGAUAUAGCAGAUGCAGUUUAUGCGGAAAUGCAAGAAGAAGGGUGUGUGUUCCCAGUUGAAGUCCACUUCCAGAUGUUGAGUCUCUACGGUGCAAGGAGGGAUUUUGUUGCAGUGGAAUCCCUAUUCGAGAAGCUGGACUCCGAUCCUAACGUCAACAAGAAGGAAUUGCAUCUUGUUGUUGCCGGCAUAUUUGAAAGGGCAAACAGACUGAAUGAUGCAUCGAGGAUCAUGAACCGAAUGAGGACGGUUGCAAUGUCGGGAACUUAUGACCACACGAAUUGA